AUGUCGUUCAAUGGCAGCACGAAAAUUGGUUUCCCCGGCAUUGGCAGCUAUCCGUAUCCAUUUGCCGAGCUGGCGGAUGAGCGCACACGGACGUGGCCGCUGGUGGAGUCGCCUUGGAAUGCAGCCGUCCUGCUGGCCUUGUAUUUGCUGAUGGUGCGCUAUGCACCCAAAUGGAUGGCCAGGUACAAACCGAUGCAGCUGCGUGGCCCAUUGUUCUGCCACAACCUGGCUAUGACGUUGCUGAAUGCCCACAUAUGCCUGGAGCUUUUUACGGCGUCGCGAGCCCUCAACUAUAGCAUCAGCUGUCAGCCGUGUCGGUUGAGCUAUAGCCCCCAUGAAAUGCGUAUUGCCGCGGCCUUUUGGUGGUUCUACAUCUCAAAAAUUCUUGAAUUUGCCGACACGGGCUUUUUCAUCCUGCGCCAGAAGUGGUCACAAUUGAGCUUCCUGCAUGUCUACCAUCAUAGCACCAUGUUUGCCAUGUGCUGGAUCGUUGUCAAGUGGAUACCGACCGGCUCGACCUUUCUGCCAGCCAUGAUGAACUCUUUCGUGCACAUCAUUAUGUACGGCUAUUACGCGCUGAGUGUGCUGGGACCUCGUAUCCAGCCGUAUCUUUGGUGGAAACGCUACUUGACUGCCUUGCAGCUUGUGCAGUUUGCCAUUGGCCUCGCCUGGGGCUCGCAGGCCAUCAUCCGGAGAUGCGAGUACCACACCUGGGUUAGUCUCACUGGAGUCGCCUACAUGCUAACGUUUCUCUACCUCUUUGGCCGCUUUUAUGCCCAAAAAUACAGGGUCAAGCAUCGUAAAUACAAGAAAUAA